UACGCUAACUGUGAAGUCACAUGGCGCCGACCAAAGCCCCAAAAAAGGUGUAACGAAUACAAAGCGACAAAGGUGACAGUCUCUCUUCAAAAGAGAGAAGAAAUAGCAAAGCACUGGAGACUGAGGCUGUUGAUGUAGGGCGGGCGGCGGGUUGGGAGUGGGACUCCGGAGCGGGACAGCCCAUGCCAUGAAGGCGGAACCCAGCUGUUAUUAGAGCAUUUAUAGUAAAUAAGUGAACAGUAAUUAUCGGGAAGCGUACGACCCAACAGUUACACGUCAGAUACAUGUUUUACCUUCACGUGAUUCUCUGAGCUUGCAGUCCGACAACUGCUCCUAAGCUCUUACAUGCUUUUGUCACGUACCGCUUGCCUCCUCUUCCCAUCCUUUCUUUCUUUCUACUCUUCAUUGUCUAAAUCCUAAUUCCUAAUCCCCUAGCUCUAGCAGGCUAGGAGCCACCAGGGGAUGAAAAUAUGGACAAAUCAUAUACUUCUACUUGUUUUUGAAGAGAAAAAGUGAGAAGGAAAGAGAGAGAGAGAGGGGGAGAAGAGGGCUCACUGCUCAGAGGUUGCUUCCCCCUUCCAAUAAUGCUGAGGAGAAGGCAGCAGCCCCUUACACUGUUCUUGUUGUUUCUAUCAAAUGCCUCCUUCUUGUUCUCACUUUGCACCACCUUAGUUGCUUCUUCUAAGCCUUUGCUUCCCCACUCUCCAUCUUCCGCUAACUUAUCACUACCCCAUGGUGAUGAUGCACUCGCUCUUCUCGCAUUCAAAUCCAAAGCUGAUUUGAGCAAUAAACUUUUCUUCUCUCCAAAUACCAGCGUCGGUUUCUGUCAUUGGCAGGGAAUCAAAUGCGCCCAGCAAAAAGUUGUGCGCCUCGUCCUCGAAGGUCUAGAUCUAGCUGGCGGCGUUUUCGCUCCCGACACAUUGACCCGCCUUGACCAGCUCCGAGUCCUGAGUUUGCAGAACAACUCGCUCACCGGACCCAUUCCCGACCUCGCCGGACUCGUCAACCUCAAAACCCUCUUUCUCGACCACAACUCCUUCAUCGGCUCUUUCCCACCGUCGAUUCUGUAUCUCCACAGGCUCCGUACCAUUGAUAUCUCCUACAACAACUUCACCGGACAUUUACCCGCCUGGUUGGCCACUGUAGACCGCCUCUACUACCUCCGGCUCGAGUGGAACCGGUUCAACGGAACCGUUCCUCCGCUCAACCAGUCCUCCCUCCAGUCCUUCAACGUAUCAGGAAACAACCUAGCCGGUCCCAUUCCGGUUACUCCCACUCUGAUACGCUUCGGUCCAUCCUCCUUCUCAUGGAACCCCAAUCUCUGCGGCGAGAUCAUACACAAAGAGUGCCAGCCUGUCCAACCGUUUUUCGGCCAAUCGGCUCCGCUGGCGGCUCCGCCACCGACGGUGCCGCUCGGUCAAAGCGCGCAUGUACACGGUGUUGACCUGGCUCAUGAACCAUUUCAAAAGAAGCACAAGAGAGCCACCGUGAUUAUGGGGUUCUCCGUCGGUGUUUUGGUCCUCAUCGGUUCGCUUAUCUGCUUUGUGAUGGCCGUGAAGAAAGAGAGGAGCCGGAAAGACCCGUCGGCGCCUGUAAUGGCUACGGAGGACGCUGCGGCGACGGCUCAUGCGGCGGCGGUGAUGCAAAUAGAGCAAGAGGAGUUGGAAGAGAAGGUGAAGCGAGUGCAAGGAAUGCAAGUGGCAAAGAGUGGGAACUUGGUAUUCUGUGCGGGCGAGGCGCAGCUGUAUACGCUGGACCAGCUGAUGAGAGCCUCCGCUGAGUUGCUUGGGAGAGGGACCAUAGGGACCACCUAUAAAGCCGUGCUUGAUAACCGUCUGAUCGUCAGCGUGAAGAGGCUUGAUGCUGCAAAAUUAGCGGGCACGAAUCAGGAAAUGUUCGAGCGACACAUGGAAUCAGUGGGUGGGCUUAGGCAUCCUAAUCUGGUGCCGCUUCGGGCUUAUUUUCACGCCAAGGAAGAACGGCUUCUCGUAUAUGAUUACCAGCCCAACGGCAGUCUCUUCUCUCUCAUUCACGGUUCAAAAUCAACAAGGGCAAGGCCACUCCAUUGGACAUCAUGCUUAAAAAUAGCGGAGGACGUAGCACAAGGCCUCUCUUACAUCCACCAAGCAUGGCGGCUCGUCCACGGCAAUCUCAAGUCCUCCAACGUCCUCCUCGGGCCUGAGUUUGAGGCUUGCGUCGCUGACUACUGCCUCUCCAUCUUAACCAACGCAUCUUCCGACGAUGACAACGACUCGGCCACAUAUAAAGCCCCGGAAAGGCGGAAUCCAAAUCACCAAGCUACCUCCAAAUCCGACGUCUACUCGUUUGGAAUUUUGUUGCUAGAGCUUCUCACUGGCAAGCACCCAUCAGAGCACCCGUUUUUGGCGCCCAAUGAUAUGGUAACUUGGGUUAGGUCCAUAAGGGAAGAAGAUGGGGAAGACAAUAGGAUGGAGAUGCUUCUUGAGGUUGCCAUAGCUUGUAGCUUGACCUCGCCUGAGCAGAGGCCCACUAUGUGGCAGGUAUUGAAGAUGUUACAGGAGAUUAAAGAGACUGUAUUAAUGGUGGAUAGUGAAUUGGACCCGCAGAGUGGGAUGUCCUAGUUAAUAUUAUUUGUACGACACCAUUAAGUAAUGCAUAGAAAAUAUAUAGAUGACAGCAAAUAUUGCAAUGCUACUUUCCCUCUGCUUUUCCUCCGACACUUGCUUCCUUUUCCCGUCUCCCCUGUUUAUUAUGGUGGGUGCAGGAUUCAGAAUGCAUGCAAGUUCUGGUAAUGCAAUA